AUGACGCCCGUCCCUGAGCUCGCGGCUAAGAAGGCCAAGCGCGAGGAGGCUUGGGCGACGCAGAAGGCCGCGGACGCCCUGGAGGCGCGCAAGAAGGCUAAGGAGACGAGGAGGGUCAUCUUCAAGAAGGCCGCGGCUUACGUCGAGGAGUUCAGGCAGCAGGAGAAGGACCUGAUCCGCCUGAAGCGCGAGGCCAAGGCGGCCAAGGGCUUCUACGUUGAGCCCGAGGCCAAGCUGGCGUUUGUGAUCCGCAUCAGGGGCCUCAACAAGAUCCACCCCAAGACCAAGAAGAUCCUGCAGCUGCUGCGCCUGCGCCAGAUCGGCAACGCCGUUUUUGUGCGGAUCAACAAGGCCACCCAGGGCCUGCUGACGCGCGUGGAGCCCUACAUCGCGUACGGCUACCCCAACCUGAAGAGCGUGAGGGAGCUGGUGCUGAAGCGCGGGUACGCCAAGGUCAAGGGCAACCGCCUGCCGCUGACCGACAACAAGAUCAUCGAGGAGAACCUGGGCAAGCACGGCAUCAUCUGCGUGGAGGACCUCAUCCACGAGAUCUACACCGUGGGCCCCGCCUUCAAGCAGGCCACCAACUUCCUCUGGCCCUUCAAGCUCAGCAGCGCGCGCGGCGGCUUGCCCAAGAAGAGGGUGCACUACGUUGAGGGUGGCCAGGCGGGCAACCGGGAGGGCAAGAUCAACAACCUGGUCCGGCUGAUGAACUAG